AUGGAGACAGCUGGAUACAGACCGGGUAGCGCGGGCAGCAUGUCCUCUAAAGUUCAAUCCACAGGCCCCAGAGCCCAGGAGCACCAGCCUUCAGCCCAGGAGAGUCUGCCACCCCCGGAGGCCAAUGCCGACGCCAUCCACUUCCUCAGCUCCCUGCGGCCGGACGAGCUGCAGAUGCUGUUCUUCUCCGAGACUCUGGUCAUGGUCUCGGACACAGGGGAGCCUCAGGGAGAGCUGACCACUGAGGUGCAGAGAGGGAAAUACAGAGGCGUCGCGGCGCACUGCCUCCUCGUGCACGCCUUCAGCCGCGGCUUCAUGGACAAGAUGCUCUGCGGAAACUCCCUGCUGGGCUAUCUCUCGUGGAAACUGGAGAUCCUGGAACAACAUAGUCAGGAGUUCAUCAAGUUCCCCGUCCUCCCCAUGGAACGGAAGAUGACUUUGCUGAAGCAGGAUGACCAGCUGGCCAUGACCAGAAGCGUCAAGGAGGGCACGGAAGUGAAGACAGAAGUGGCUUCUUUCCCCUGGCACUCAGUUGCAGGCUUCAUCUCCGAGGCUGCCAACCUGGUGUUGCUGAGGGUCAUGGCCUGGCGGCGGAUGGUGCCCAGCAACGCCCGCUUCCUGGCCUUGGACACGGAGGGCAAACUCUGCCAUUCCACCUACCAAGCCCUGGGCUCCCAGACGAUCCAGCUGGGCCGCCAGCAGGUGGAAGUGUUCACCGUGGAGCAGACUGUACACUCGGAGGAGGGCAUUCCCAUGUCCUGCCAGUUCUACCUGCUCUCGGAUGGGCACCUAGCCAAGAGAGUCCAGGUGGGCUCCCCAGGGUGCUGCAUGAUCACCAAGAUGCCCAUCCUGAGGGAGGAGGAUGAGAUUGAGCCUCGCCCAGUAUUCGAGAAGAAGCCCCUGGUGUGGGAGGAGGACAUGGAGCUCUACUCCAGGUUCACGGACCGGAAGGAGGAGCUCCGCGCCAGCCACAGCAGCUAUCUGCGGCAGCACCCGGAGGCCCACGCGCUCAUCUCCGACUUCCUGCUGUUCCUGCUGCUGCGCCAGCCCGCCGACGUGGUCACCUUCGCGGCCGAGUUCUUCGGCCCCUUCGACGUGCGCCGCCCGCCGACCCCCGCCCUGCGCUCCUCCAACCGGCCCAGCCCCUUCCGAUCGCUGGACCCGGAGCGCAGCCCGAGCGAGCACUAG